GAGGAAGAGGCGCAGAGGGGGCAGAGACCGACAGACUGAGGGAUGGCCACCGGAGGGAUCACCACACUCCCGGCCGCUCCGGACGCCGAAAACAGCAGCUUUCCCGCGGGCAGCUUCAGGGAUCCCAAGCGCCUGUACUGCAAAAACGGAGGAUACUUCCUGCGGAUCAACGCGGACGGCCGAGUGGACGGAGCCCGAGACAAGAGCGACCCGCACAUUCGUCUGCAGCUGCAGGCGACGGCAGUGGGUGAAGUACUCAUUAAAGGCAUCUGUACCAACCGUUUCCUUGCCAUGAACGCAGACGGACGACUGUUCGGGACGAAAAGGACCACAGAUGAAUGUUAUUUCCUGGAGCGCCUGGAGUCCAACAACUACAACACAUACAGAUCCCGCAAGUAUCCCGACUGGUACGUGGCUCUGAAGAGAACCGGCCAGUAUAAAAGCGGCUCUAAAACCAGCCCGGGACAGAAGGCCAUCCUGUUUCUGCCCAUGUCGGCCAAAUGCUGAUGGAGAAAUCAGAGAUCAGACCUCCAUCCACUCUCUGGAAAAUAUGUCACAGGAGCCCAACACACACAUUGGAGAGCACAGACGGCGGGUUUAUUUGCUCAUGUUCGGUCAUCUCAGAGAGUUCAGCAAUAUCUGCAGAUGCUUUGGACAAUCUGGAGCCAAAUCGGCCCCAAAUCCCACCGAUAUGAUCUCACAUCCAACUUUCCAAAACAGUCCUCCAGUGUACUCCCUGAAGCGCAGGCAGUUUCACAGAUAUACGUCUGACUGUGAGGAAUGCUUGUACAGCCACGAAAUGUGAGUUAUUUAAUGCUGCUCUUCAUGUAAAAGGCUUUCCAUACUGUAUUUUAGAGGUAAAAAGGGCUUUAAAAACGCAGGGUUUUGCUUUAAUGAAGGGAUUCAGUGCACAGCAUGAAUGUUUC